AGAGGGGAGCACAGACACAUUAUCCUCUCAGGCUUUACUUAAGCUAUCUGCUGCAUCUUUUCAUAUUUCUGAUCCCGCAGCACUAAAAUGGCCUUGACCCAGGAGUCUCUUCUGUCUUUUUUACUGGAACACGGAGGCAAAGUGAGGAACUCUGAGCUGCUGAACAACUUCAGGAGUCACAUCAGCUGCAGCGAUCCUGCGGAAAAGCAGCACAAUAGGGACCUUUUUAAGAAGUUGGUGAACAGCGUCGCUGUGGUCAAACAGAUAGACGAGGUGAAGUUCGUGGUUGUGAAGAGAAGGUACCAGGACUUCGUAAAAGAUUUGACGCACGAUGUUGCGCAGAAAACGCAGCUGGAUUGUAGUUUCUCGAGCCAAAACACGAGCUUUUCGUCUCCUCGUGGAGCCGAGUCAGCCAGGGCGGUUUACGCAGACUUUGAAGACAAUAAUGUGCGCAAUCCCUCCAGCCUAAAUGGAAACUAUUGCAGUGAUGCUAAAUGUGCGCCAGUGGAGAGCAUGCGGAAAAAGAGGCAGCUAUCAAGAAGUGUUAGCAGUGCGGAUACGACUACUGUCAGAGUCCUGAAUAUCUCCAGAGAUCAGGCGAGCCGAUCUGAAGCUGUGUUCGCUGUCAUAGCGGUGAAAUCACCUCAGAGAGCCUCAGCAGCACAGGACGGAUCACAUUCCCAAGUGCAUCGGCCAAAAACUAUCAGCUUGGGAAGCAAAGUUUCUUCAAGAUACGUACAGGCUCUGAAUUUGGCAGCUUGCAAGAAGGAUGCAUUAAGAGAAUCACAGCUUUGGAAAAACAGGCAGAAAGAGGACACAGGUUGUCCCCAGGUGAGGCCCCAAAGUAAGACCACAAAAUCAGCAGAUGAUGCAAAGGACUGUGAGUCUGUGCCUCUGGAGCCACUAGCUCAUGAGUGGUUGGUGAAAUGUGCAGCUGGACUCUGGGGACAAGUAUAUGCCCUGCUGCUGAGGGACACAAGCUUGGCCCAGAAGAAAGACUUCAUGUCAGGCUUCACUGCUCUGCACUGGGCUGCCAAGGACGGAAACAGCCAGAUGAUGCACGAGAUCCUGGACUUCUGCAAGAAAAGAGGCACAUGUGUGAACAUCAACAGCAAAGCACACGGAGGAUACACUCCAUUGCAUAUCGCAGCCAUACACGGCCAAACUGAGGUGAUGCUUCUGCUGGUGCAAAGUUAUGGAGCCAGUGUGAACAAGAGGGAUAAUGAUGGCAAGAAGGCCUUCCACUACCUGGGCAAAGGAGCGUCAGCUGAGCUCAGAGCAAUUGUGGGAGGCAUGAAGCCGAGCAGGGAGAAGACAGAGGAUGAGGAAUACAAGGAGCAGACGAAAAGCUUCAACACCAUCAGUAAACUGUUCCAGCCUCACAUGGGGAAGAAACAAAAGACUAAGUUUGCCCAUGACUGGUGAGAUGUACAAGAUUAAAAUUUGUAGGAGUAAAUGCUUUUUCCAUGUUAUAUUACAUUACUAAUGCUACAUCACUUAGAGUCUAAAAACUGGAUUGCAAAUAUGCUCUUAUUGCAUAGCCUUGUACAGUGUAUCACUGUUGGAUGUACUAUUUAUGAAUGAUAUUUAUAAUUUUCUUUAUUCCCCUUUAGUUGGAUUUCAUGCAUUAACAAAUAACAUGUUACUUUGCGGGGCUGCACAGUGGCGUAGUGGUUAGCACUUUCGCCUUGCAGCAAGAAGGUCCCUGGUUCACGUCCCGGCUUUCCCGGGAUCUUUCUGCGUGGAGUUUGCAUGUUCUCCCUGUGCACGCGUGGGUACUCCGGCUUCCUCCCACAGUCCAAAAAUAUGCUGAGGUUAAUUGAUUAUUCUAAAUUGCCCGUAGGUGUGAAUGUGAGAGUGCUUGUUUGUCUUUGUAUGUAGCCCUGCGACAGACUGGCGACCUGUCUAGGGUGUCCCCUGCCUUCGCCCGAGUCAGCUGGGAUAGGCUCCAGCCCCCCCGCGACCCUAGUGAGGAUUAAGCGGUGUAUAGAUAAUGGAUGGAUGGAUGGAUGUUACUUUGCACUUAUUUAACUUAAUUUUCUUAUUUUCUUACUAGUAACACCAACAAUCUGUCAUAGUCACAUAUUGUCAUUAUCCUAACGUGCAGUACAUUUUUAGAUGUCACUUUUUGAUACCUGAUUGUAAAGUAUGAGGGAAUAUUGAAAAUGGACCACACAUGGUCACAGCAGGUCACAUAUUUACGAUAAUCUAACAAGGAUUUUUCUGGCAGAGAAUUCACCUUUGACAGUGAGCACAAUCAUUUCAGUAACAGUAGUGAGUUUGUGCUGCACAUUUUGACAGAAAUCUGUGCAUUUUCUUGAUAUUUCUGACUAUUUGAUAAACAAAAAUGUCUACUACACUUGAUUAAAUGAAAUCCCAAUUAACAAAACUGGUUAAAAAGUGUUAUGUUCAAUUCUUAUCAUUUUGGCAAUGGUGAUUUUAGAUUGGAGCUGAUGCCAAACUUUCCUCUAUGCAGGAUAACCCUGUCUGAUCAUCCAAAUGUAAUCAUCCAAUUAAAUCAUCAUCAUUUAUAAUAAAUAAAUAAAUGAAUGAGGGGGGCUGCACUGGGUCAAGAACAGUAACUUUGGUAGUUUAAAAUGUGGCAAAAAUAUAAAUUUGACGUGUUCUUUAAGGCUCCAGACAGUAGUCGGUAAAGAUUAAAAAAUACCAACCAUCCCACUUCUGGGUUUACUCAUGUUUUAAUUUUUGAAAAAUGUUACAUUUAAAACUAGAGUGCCUCUGAUACAAAGGACUCCCCUUAAUAUUAAGUAGGACAGUCACUAUUUUUCAAUCUUGAAUCAGCUCAUGUCUUCAAGGCAAAUGUAGCAGAGCAAAAACAUUCAGUAAAUAAUGAUAGUUUUUAUAAAAUACUAAAAACUAUCUCUCAACUACAUUACAUGUGAAGAGGGACCUACAAGGAGCCGUUUAUGCAAAGCAGUCAGUGCUGAAAUGUUUGCAUUAUCAAUUUCUUUUGUAAUCUUGAAGCUGCGAUGGGUGAAGGUGGCCUCCUUUUGUGGCACAGCAUGGGCCCCAUUUCUGGAUUAUCAGUCACAUUCUCAAAACCAUACAGCAAUCAAUUAUUUUAGCAAAAACAUUCUGCAGAAGGCAAGCCUGACACACAUUCCCUCAUAUGUAAAAUAUAAAUAAAAGAGGAAAUUGUAGGAUAUUUUAAAGUUAAUAAGUGCAGAGCAUUUUCUUUUGUUUAAAUAUGACUAAAUGCCCAGAAGACCCCAACAAUACCUUAGUAAAAUGCAUUUUUUUGUUCUAUAAAUGGCUGAGUAAACUCCUUUUCCCAGGACAGACAUGCAUGAAACCAGCAGUCUGCCUUUUAUGUUUGGUACAAAAACAGAGCAAUGUUCAUCCUUAAAUGACCCAGUGGAAAAAAAAAAAAACAAUCCCUGAUGACAUGAAAAGAGUUGGAGCUCAGACAAUGAAGCUAUGAGCAAAACCGUGCCAGAACAAUGUCCUUUGUCUUGUUUGGUGGAAAAGGAGCUGCUGCAUAAUGACAAAGGACAGCUGCACUCACAGGAACAGUUCAACGCAUUAGGUUGCUUUGUGUGUACAUGUGCACAUUCUUUAACGCUGCAAGAGAACUAAAUGAUUAGAAAAAGAGAAAGACUUCUUAUGUUCCAUGAUCAAGACAACAUUUCCAAAUAUCAAAGCCUCUUCAGUGAAGAGAACUGUGUUGUGUCACUUUCUGUUUGUGAAAAUGUUUCAAUACAUCAAGUUCUUGUAUAUUAAUGAUAGUAUUUGCUGUAAAACUGAACAAUGAACAUAUUAUGCAUUGCAUUGUUGUAUGGUGUGAAACUGGGACACGUACGGCCUUGAAAACAUCACAAUUUUAAAACAGGUUAAUCUCCUAAAAUCAAUGUAAUCAACAUAAAGUCAGAGUGAAUGUUGUCUCAUUAUCCUGACAGCUACUGCACUAAAAGGUGUUUGAUAGUUCUAUGAUAGGGUAGAUACUUUGGACUGUACUGUUGUGGUGUUUUAGAACAAAGUAAGUCUUUACAAUAAAUAAAAAUUGCUCUCUUUCAAAUAUGCAGUAAUAACAUGUCAAUCGACUAUGUUUUUCUAAGGCAUAGUGUAAGCCUCACUAAACACAAAAGGCUUCAGCCAUCAAAAUUAAAGUGUCCUAAUGUUGGUAAAUUUGGGUCAUUUGUUUGCUGAAAGUUUGCUAAUGUUGACCAGACUAACUCAGCAUAGGCCUUGUGUUUAUUUGAGACAGCACUAAAUAAAUCACACUGUAGUGAACUGAUAAAAGACUGGAAAUUUGCCUCAUCUUCAGCUGUGGUUUCUAUUUUAGCCCAGCAAAAUUUAGGAUACGGUCAUAUUUUCAUUAGCAAUUUUCAAUAGUUUUGCUUUACCAGGUUUAAUUUUACAGGUACUACUUUUUUUUUUUACAAAUACACAUUUGUUUAAACCAUACAUGCAUUUAAAAAUAAAUACUUAAAUAGAUUUGCUACUAACUAAAUAGUGUAAAGUGACUACCAUUGGAUUAUCUGCUCUGGCAAACAACCAAAUUGAACUCGGCAACAAGGUGUUCUGUCAAAACCUCAGAACAUACUGUGCAGACUGUAAAAAUAAGAGGAGCCUCCAGUAAAAAUGUCAAGUCAACUUCAAGUAUUUCUCAUAUUUAGUACAUGCAACACACUCAGAAUAAAUUAUUCUUAAAAAAUGAAUGUCUGGCAAAGCCCAGCUGUGCAAAACAGGAGUUACCUCAAAGUCAACAUAAAACCACAUGAUUGUUUAAGUGAUGAUGUAAUAAAACUUCUUGAUCUCAUUGUACUAAUGAAAAGACCUCUCCAGCAGACAAGAUGAAUAUAGGCCACAUUUGACAAGCAGCCUUUUAGUCAUUAGUAGAGAUUACGCUAUUUCUUUUACUAUUAGAAAUUUCAUUAUCUGUAAAAAAGUAUUGUAUUUUUUCUUUAAAAGGGGGCUCUUUGUCUCCCAAGUAAGAUAACUAGACUCCCAAAGGAAACAAAUGUUUGGUGAAACCCAAAAAGAUCUGAUAUUUUUCCAAGCAAUAUGUGGAAAAAACAAGCAAUAAUCAAAUAUAUGUGGACAUUGAUCUGUUUGUUUCUUUCUGCAGGAUCUGUGACUAAGUUCAGCCAGUAAAAUAUAAUGUAAUAGUGUCCUGUGUAUGCAGUUUGUUAUGAAGUGUACUUUCUGCCCUCUAGUGGCCACCUACACUUUGUUUCGUAAUGUCACCCAAAGUGAACCAGAAUACUGUUGAACAGUCCUACUACACAGAUAUUUGUUACCUUAUUUAAGUGAACCAUUUGACAAGAAAUUACCACUGACUAAACACUAUUUUUUUUCCAAUAGUGCAACUUAAUCCUAAAAUAAAAAUGUUCUAUUUGCAGAUAGUAAGUCAACAAUAACCUUAACUGUUUACAUAGUUUUUACCCCCUGUGCCUUAAAGCAGCUGAACUAGUGCAAUAAAUCACAGUGCAAUAACUCUUGAAUCUGUACAUUUAGCAUGGACAGUGCAGUUUUGGGUGGAUUUGUGCAAUAUUUAUUUAUCUAUAUGUUAUUUGACUAUUUAUUUUCAUACAUAUAUAAUAUAUAUCUUGCAUAGUAUAUUUUUGAGAUAUAUUUUAUCUUAUCUGUUGUUAUCAUUUUAUCCCACGAAGGAGAUGCACUCAAAUUUCAUUGUACAAUAUGUCCAAUGACAAUAAAGACAUUUUAUUUAUUUAUUUAUUUUUAGCUACAAUUUUCGCAAUUAGCUAGCCUAAUUUAGUUGAAAUUAUCCAACUUUGAGCAGAAUUGGUUGCUGUUCACCUGGUGACAAACUCUCAACCGCUGAAACAUCCGCACCCUCGUCAAGUGUUGCCUUCAAGGACUGUGAUCUGAUGGGGUGGCCAGCACAGAGAUGCUCCUUUGAUCAGAGAAUAUAAGCAGGCACUUUAAAAUGCAGAUCUAUUUAAAUAACACAGUGCCACAGAUGCCAAGACAAAGAAAAGAGAAGGCUUUUCGGCUGUCGAAUGCUAGCGUGUCAGUAAGGGCUGUAGUCAUUCACUCGUAUGUCCACAAGUGCACCAUUUGUCAUCUAAAAAAUAGUUUCAGACAACAUGGUACGACAGACAAUCUGGUACGUGAUGCUCUGAAAGCACGUGUCCAAAAUGUCAACUUCGCCGAGGCCUUUAGGAAAAGUGAGACAACAUUAUACAAACCAGCAUCAACAACCCCAUUAGCCCACUCUAUUGCAGAUGUAACUCAUUACUUGGACACCACUCUCUAUCUUCCCAGUAUCAUUUCCAAUAUAGUGUGUACUUGUUUGUCUUUAUGAUGUUCAUUCUGUUGUGGAGAUGCUGUGUGUUGGAACAAGACAUUUAUUCUCCUACAUUAAAAAUAAUGAAUGAAUAUAAUACAA